AGAGCCUUUGCUGUUCCUCCCUGCGGUCUUUGAGCAGUGUCGGUGUUCUGUCAGACUGACCCCGCAGAGCCGGAAUGAAGCCUAUAUUCAGCUGUAGUGACCGCGGCGGUGGACCUGGUUCUGAGGUAGAUGUUCGACUGAUAUAGGUCCGGAUCAGGUCCGGAUCUGGUCCGGAUCCAACGAUGUCUUCGGUUUAUGGAAGCCCUUUUCCCCCAAUGUGACGGAAAAAAAGAUUCUCUCUCUGUGUGAACAGUACCUGGAUCUGUUUAUGAUGCUCCCUGCAGAGAUGAGCUGGAUGCUGGAUGAGCAGAGCUUCUGUCACUGCUGUCAGCUCCUCCUGCAGUGGUCGCAGCAGCUGAAGGACGGCUGGAGCUGGGAGGGGGUCCAGGGUUCAGAGGACGGCUACCUGAGGAAGACUGUUCUCAGGUCGGUCGUCAUUGACUCGAGCCCAGUGUGGGACCUAGAAGGAUCCGGUUCACAGUCAGACACACACACUUCCUGUCACUCCAGGCCUGAUCAGCAGGGACAGGAGACAGAACAGGCGCUUUGUGUUGCCCCAGAGGACGGCGACAGCGUCAGAGGUGACAUAGACGACGACGACGAUGAUGAUGAUGAUGAUGAUGAUGGGGUGUGUACGGUGUCUGGAGGCAGUGGCCAGGUGCUUCAGUACGAAUAUCACAUCCUGUUCUCCUGCAGCUACGGUACUCCUGUGCUCUAUUUCAGAGCCGUCACACUGGAGGGGCGGAGCCUGUCAUUAGAGGAGGUGUGGAGCUCCGUUCAUCAAAACUUCAGGCUUCGGCUCCAGCAGAGUCCUCUAAAUACAAUCACUCUGCAGGAGCAUCCCCUGCUUGGUCAGCCUUUCUUCAUGCUCCACCCCUGUAGAACGGAGGAGUUUAUGAGGCCUGUGCUGCAGGCGGCUCAGAACCAGCACAGGCCAGUGAACUAUGUGUUGUCGUGGCUCAGUGUGGUGGGUCCUCUGGUGGGUCUGGAGGUCCCUCUGAAGUACUCCACCCUGCUCCAUCCUGCAGCCUCACUCGGCAGCACCGAGCCGGACUGAAGCCCCGCUCUCUGUCCGUGUCACUGUGGGGUCUCUACACGGAUGCUGGACUAUCAAACAGACAUAGCAGGCAACUGUCCCGGUGCCCGAGGCCUUCUCCUUUAUGUUUAUUUAAUUGAAAGUUUGUUUGGCAGUCUAAAACUGACAGUAAUAAGGGCCUUAUGUAGCUCCUGCAUUAUCUUCUCUGUUGAUUUUGAUGCCGUGUUUCAGAGAGGCCCUCUGUGUCAAACCCUAGCUUUAAUACUUUAGUAUUUCUUUUGAUAUCACAUGGACAGGGUUCGCAUGGGUCCUGGAAAAUACCCUGGAAAUAAUCUCAAACUAAUGUAUGUUGUUCUGGAAAUUUUAAUGUGGCCAAAUUAAUGUUACUGUUAGAGGAAAACUUAAUUUGGAAAGCGGUGGUGAGAACAGCCAAGCACACCACGAAAGGUAGCUAACACCUAUAGCUGUCCUGUAUGGUUAACAAAAACUCCUGGAAAAAUAUUUCCUGAACACAGUUGGAACCCUGAUGGAGCAUAUUCUUCAAAUGUUUGCUAAAUGUGUGUACAUCCUGUAUCUAUUCAACUUACAGCCUCUGAUAUAUAUUUUUCAACAACAACAACAGGAUUCCAAUGGAAAACCUGCAUAUUUAGAGGCUAGUUUUCCAGUCAUGGAAACACCUGGAAAUGUAUAAAUAAAGACCAAUUAUCCUGGAAAUAA